UACUUCGAAACAAUUCGUCUCUGGAAGCGACUGAUAGAGUGAUAGGGGAAGAAUGCAACACGAUUCGGGCUCUGAUGGAAUUGGAGUCGAAGAAGCAAGGUCUCAAGAGGAGGGUCACCAACUAAUGGAUUCUACGAACAAAAAGGUUAUGCUUUCAGGACCCAGUGAGAGGAGGUUAGAUCUUUCACUUCAAAUACCACCUCGAUUAGUAGGUUUUGGCAAUAGCAAGGGUCUCCUGCAGUCUCGAAAUUCCUUCAAAGGUGGUUUAUCUCCAAGAAGCUUUCUGAGGGGGAUAAGCUUCAAGCUCAAGGCAGCUGCACCUGAAGGCGAGAGAAGAUCCCUCCUGAAUCCAGACCCCACAUCUGUUCCUGAGAGCUCUGAUAUGGCCAAUUCUUCUGCAGAACCCUUUUGGAACAGAUGUGUUUCCCUCCCUGUUACACCGGCAUCGAAUUUGUCACCUUCAGUUUCUACAUCCACUACAGCAAGAAAAUGGGUUGAGCAGCAGAAAUCAUGUGUACAGAAAGGGGAAGUUACAGUCAAGGUCUCAAGAUCCUUGUCAGUUCCACGGCGAAAUGUUGUCAUUGUGAGAUCUAUGUCCUUUGCCACCCGAAAGGAGCAUGUGCAAGUAGAUUGUGCUGAUGGCCAAAUAACUCCCGUUCAUAUGGAAGAUAAAGACGAAGAGAUUCCUGAAGAGGAAGCAGUUUGCAGGAUCUGUUUAAUUGAAUUGUCUGAAGGGGGAAAUACACUCAAAACUGAGUGUAGUUGUAAAGGUGCUUUAAGACUUACACACGAAGAAUGUGCGGUGAAGUGGUUCAGCAUCAAAGGAAAUAACAAGUGUGAUAUCUGUGGGCAAGAGGUUCUCAACCUACCUGUAACUUUGCUUAGGGUACAGAGUUCUGUUCCAAGGGCUCACAGGCGAGAGAAUAUUAGGCAGAGUUCAAAUUCACAGUCAACAAGUGACUGGAAGGACUUAGUGGUGCUUGUCUUGAUUAGCACAAUAUGUUAUUUCUUCUUCCUUGAGCAACUGCUGGUUGGUGGAAUGAAAACUCAAGCAUUAUUGAUUGCAGCACCAUUUUCAUUCACUCUUGGUAUUAUGGGAUCGAUUUUCGCAGUCAUCCUUGCAAGCAAAGAGCAUGCAUGGACAUAUGCAGCUCUUGAAUUUGUAAUUGUGGCUGUAACUCUCCACCUUUUCUAUUCUCUGCUUCACUUGAAUCCAGUAUAUUCCAUCCUGCUUUCAUCAUUUUUGGGUUUUGGAAUUAUGAUGACCCUUAACUCCCUGUGUCUUCAUAUUUAUGCUUGGCGAGCUCAGGUGACUCAGACAACCCUAGUCUAGCCUGAUAAGAGAAAUGAGGUUAAUCACCCUGUACCUUACAAGUUCAUGUUUAUACAUAGAAGAUUCAAAAAGUUAAACCACUGAUAAAAUAGAAUGAGAAGAUCUUCAAUUACAUGUGAUGAUCAGCUGCAUGAGAGCCUC